UCCUUAUGUAUUUUAGCCAAGUUUGCCCUCUCCACAAGGCUUCCUGUACCUGAUGCCCUACUCUGUGGAUAACUGAUAGGAGGUGUGCUCACCCAGCCUCUCAUUCACCCCAGCACUUCAGCUGGCUGGGGAAGAAAAGAGAAACUUCAUGGGUUGAGAAAGAUGGGAAGAGUGCUUGCUAGUUACCAUUGAGAGCAAAAGAGACUUUAAUGCCAAUUAAAACUGCAUAGUGAAAAAGUCAUAAACUGUAAAACACCGCCCUCCCUUCCUAUUUCUUCACACCUUCACUCCUGACUCCUCUGCCUCCUCCUCAGGGAGUGAUGGUCAGUCUGUAACAGCUCUUGUGGGCUCUGCUGAUCCUGCCCCUGCUUCAGCCUGGCUCCUCUCCAUGACCUGCAGUGCUUGUGGAAUAAAGCCAGUAUGGGUUUUCCACGGGCUGAGGGUCCUGUUGGGAAAUGCCUGCUUGCUGCUGUGGAUUCCUCCUGGGGCUGCCAGGAAUCCCAGCUCUGGCAGCACCCCCUCACCCUCCUCCCGCUUUCAGCUUGGUGUUCAGGUGACUGCUGCCCACUUCUUCCCCCCUUCCAUCCUCUACCUGUGCAAUAUUUUUUGCCCCACCUCAAAUCCUCUUUCCCAGAGGUGCCCCCAUUUGGCAGCUGGACUGAGCCCUGCCCUGUGCUGUGUUGGCUGCAAGCAGCACAGGGCAACCUGGCCUCUCCCCACUGAGGUUCCUUAUUAAAUCAAAUUCCAGAUUAAUUUAUUGUUUAAAGGUGGGGGUUUUAGCUUUAAUUUCUUUAAAUUAGUUCUUGUCUUUAAAUUAGUAGGAUGUAGCACCAACAUCCCUUAACCUAUCUAAUUAGAAAAGGAUAAUGUUUAAUUUACUUUAAGUCAGCAAAAGCACUGGGCACAGCUGAAAAGCAAUUUGAACCAUACUGAGUAGCAUAAGUGGAAAGGACUUGUUUAACAUUUUUAUCUUGAUGGAUUAUUUCACCUUAGGAACAAAGUUUGCCCUGGUGUCAAUGGAGAGCUUCAUCACUAACACUCAUCUAUACAAGUCCUGUGGGCUCAAACACAGAACAGAAAAUCUACCUCCUGCCUAACCUCACGAUGAGCCCUGUCCGAGUUGCCAUCCUGCUCACGCUGAGCAGUCUGACAGCUGCGUGGAUCAUUCCCCAGCCACGACAAAACAUCUGGGUGACCCUGGCACAGGCGCUCCAACAGGAAAACAUAUGCCUGUCCACAGCAGCAGCGAAAGACCCAAUGUCUACCUGCCUGGUAGGGAUUCCGUUGCAAGCUGGAGAGUUUCCAGCCAAGUCUGAUACACCUAUGCCUGACCCAAGUCCCAGAUCCCAUCACGCACAACCACACAAUACCCACCAGAAGCAGGCUGUAAUGAUUAGGAACCCCAUAGAAGAGUGGCUGCCAAAGUUACCCAGAGCUGCUCAGGAGCCCCAAGAGUUAGAGCUGUUGGGCUCCUCACCUGCACCAUACUGCAUACACUUCUUCUUUAUCCAACUUUCCAACACCAAACCUUUUAACAACAUCAUACAGUAUCAAGAGGAAUUCACUGGCAGAAGGUGGUGUAAGGUUUUAAGCCAUGUCACAGCAGAUAAUCCGUAUUAUUCACACCCCAAAAGCCUCCCUAAAGGUUUGUUUUUAAUUUGUGGGGAUCGGGCGUGGGCAGGAAUCCCUUCUCAGCUUUUAGGAGGGCCAUGUACCAUCGGGCGGUUGUCCCUGCUGGCACCCAACCAAACCAUGAUCGGCGAAUGGACUCGAAAGAACAAUUCGGUCAGCAAAAUUCAAAAGAGAAGCAUUGACAAUUUGGACCCAAAUUGUGAUGCAGAAGUCUUCCAUUGGGCCAAAUCAAAAAAAGUCGCUGUAUCCCUGUUCCUUCCAUGGGUUGCAGCAGCCAAAGCUCUAGGUGAAUUGGGCCACCUAGAGUGCUGGAUGGUCAAACAGGCAAACUUGACAUCCACGGCCAUCAGCUCCUUCCUAGAGGAUGAAGAGAUUACGAGGCAGGCCAAACUCCAAAAUCGUGCAGCCAUAGAUUUCCUCCUGCUGCUGCAUGGACACGAGUGCCAGGAAUUUGAAGGACUGUGCUGCUUGAACCUAGCAUCAAAAGCACCCAACAUCCAUGCAGCUCUCCGAGAAGUGAAGAGCCUGAUCGGACGAGUCAAGCAGGAAUCUGAGGACUGGUUCAGCGGAUUGUUCAAGGACUGGGGACUCUCAGGGUGGUGGACUUCUGUAAUUAGGACAAUUCUGUUGUUUCUUGUUGUUCUUUUUCUAGUCGUGUUAGCGUUCGGAAUUCUACGUCACAUACUUUUAAAGGCUAUCAACGGUUUGGUCUCCAGUACCUCAGAAGUCACCUGCACAGAGUUUGUGGCCCUAAAGCAAAUUGACAGGCCUGCAAAUGAUGAGUGGCGGAUGAAUUCAUAAUCUGUGUCAGAAAUAGGCUGAUGCUUUUCCUUCUAAUUUUUUUUUAACAGAAAAAGGGGAUGUGUUGUAUUGCACUAGAUAGUUAUUUAGUUGUUUGCACUAG